AAACCAAGUCGUGUUGACAUCAAGCUACAGAGUAGCUAGCAAACAUAUAUAUUCAGGAAGAUCAACUAACCCAACACCUGUGGACUUGCUAGAUCCAACAUUAAUGUUCUCAUGGUGUUAUUCGGAUAUUCGUGGUCUCUCACGCAUGCUCGUGGUGUCCUGUGCAUAAGACAUGCAGAACGGAUAUAACGAGAUUGGGUUUGUUCAGCAAAUUCUUAGCUUGAAUUUGGUCCCAAGGAAAAAUGGCACCAAUCGAGGCAACGACACAUCGCUUAGCGACUUCUCAGAGAUGUGGUAUGGAGUCUUUUUGUGGGCUGCUGUCUCUUCACUGGUGUUCCACCUCCCCGCUGCUCUCCUGGCCCUCGCCACCCUGCGACAACACAAGAUGGCCCGCUUCAUGCCCAUCGCCAUCCUACUGAUGGGCAUCAUGGGCCUUGUGUGUGGCGGUGUCCUCACCAGUGCCGCCAUAGCUGGGGUGUACAAAGCAGCAGGGAAAAGGAUGAUCUCCUUGGAGGCCUUGGUGUUUGGAGUGGGCCAGUCCUUCUGUGUUCUCAUAAUCUCCUUCUUCAGAGUCCUAGCUACACUCUAGCACUAGGACACAGGAUUUAAAGGAGGGAGAGUGUGAGGGGGAGAGAACAUGCAAUCAGCAGGACGGCAUAUGCAAGACACAGCUGUUCCUUCAGAGGCCUUAUUUUCUAUAACCGUUACCGGAUGACUCUUUGUUUGAUACAUGAUUAUUUUCCAAAGUGGUAUAUUUCAGGGCUGACCAGAGGCUCUGUCUUCUUCAAUCUGUGUUAGUUUUCAUUCAGAUUGUUGUGUGUGUUGCUGUGGCACUAUACUCUGAACUGGCCUUCUCAUUUUGUGUGUUAUAUAUGUAUCAUACACAUGGCUGAGAAUGAAACAUUCCAGAAUGCAGAAAAAUAGCGCUCUACAAUUUGGUUGAGUAAACUCCCAAGUUUUACUGUUCAACGGCCUGUAAAAGACUAGCCUAUACAUGUCUGAGCCUGCAUGCCUUUAGAGAAACAUUAAAGGAGCGCAUUCUCUGUUCUGUUCCUCCACAAAUCAUUCAUCUUAAUACAAUGUCUUGACUGAGGUGUGAUGUCUUUACAAUGAGGCACAGUGCUUGAUGAUAUGACACUGGUAUUGACAUUUAAAUAUUUAAGUCAGACAUAGCUACAACUUUAAGCUUUGUUAUUUCCACAUGUAUUUUAUAGCAUUAGAGAUAGAUUGGCCAUACUUUAACAUUCCUACUUGUGGUGUGUAAAAAAAAGUUUGUACAUAAUAUUUAAGCCCAUUCCAGCUUAUUCUGUAAGCAUAGAGGCAAUGAGGAGGAGGAAAGUUGUAAGUACCCAAUCUCUCUGUAUGUUGCUGAGCAAACCAUAGGGCCCUCAAAACUCAACUCUGGACCUCAAAGCCAGUUCCACUUCAUUUUUUAAAUUGUUCCCUUCUAAUCAAGGACUGAUUUAGACCUGGGACAUUAGGAGGGUGCAAUUAAUUGUCAGGUAGAACAGAAAACCAUCAGGCUCCGGACCUCGUAGGGUAAGAGUUGAAUACCCAUGCCAUAAGGAAGAGUUGAUUCAUGUAUUUUAUUCUCGUUAAAUACUAUUUUUCCAUAUUAGGGUAUUUUCAGAUGGUUGAUCAGUGGGUUAAAUCCAGUGUGUAUGCAACAUACUUCUUUGAGUGAAAUCUCAACACAAAACAGUUGCAGACUGCUCUUGGUUCACUGGUGGCGUCAAUGCGCUUAUAACUGUUUCUCUUUCAAGAACCUUUGCAGCAUUGCUCAGUUUUUGUUAAUUUUAUGUUGGCCUUGAUGGUGUUAAGGUGAACAGUAUAAUAUAUUGUUACUUUGGCAUUGAUUAUGCUAAAGGAAUAAGAGGCAACCUCACUAAACCAUGAAUGUGAAUCUAAUUUCCUUAAAAUCCCUUGUGGAAUUUCUUAAACCUUUACCAAAGAGAACCGAAUACAAAAUGUACAACUGAUUUAGUUUGAACUGAAAGCCCCCAUGUCCCAAAAUCCUACUUUAAUUAAGGAUUUUGACAGUGUAUCUUGAGUAUAAAUCUGGAGUCGUGUAUAAGGACAAGGUCAAAUUCCCAUACCACCAUAGAAAAGCACAGCUUUGCAGAGAUCUCUAUUCCAAGCCAAGAGUAGCAAAGAGUAAUCAAGCAUUAUUUACAGUUAAACUAAAAUGUUUGUUUUAUUAUUCAGCAUGGCUGCAUGCAGAUUGUCCAAAACGAUCAGCAGAUUAGUGGCGUCAGUGUAGUGGUCAUUAUAAAUGCAGUAAUGAUACAAGGGGUGGAUUGAGAGCAGUAAUAAAAAAAAAACAUCCUUUUUCAAAACACUAGUGUGGUGGACUGGUUAUAGGAACAAAUUAGGAUAUUUUAAGGUUGGCUUGGCGAUAACACUAUUGGGUAAUGAAUCAUUAUUGUAAUGUAGACAUUUGUGGUGAUUAAAGUUUCUCAGCAGCAGGCUAGAGCUGGUUUACUUUCUGGCAGUAUCAUGAGGGGUGAUGUUGAAAGCCAUGCUCUGCUUAUCUGAGCCUUGGACACCUCAAUUCCACAGAAAGUUUAUUUUUCUAAAGUUCUUAAACUUUCCUCAUUGUAGCAUGACUGCACACUACUGUUUUAUAGCUAGUUGGUUUGUCUUGUUUUCAAUAAGUUAAUGCUCUUUAUUUACCAUGUGAUUUGAAUCCAUGGAUUUUGUUUUUACAAGGUUGAUUUUAUUACAAUAAAUUAAAGUGCCAAUUGUUAAUAUUUUCAUGUAAUAAAAAAGUUGACAUUAUAA